AUGGCACAGCAACUGUGUGCACUAGGAGGCACUCUUGAACGACGUUCAGUCGUCUCGGUCCUUCUCUUCCCCUUCCAUCCCUAUUCCUCCAAGCCUUAUCGGCUUCUCCUCUUCCGUCGUUCUGACAAGGUCAACACCUAUCGACGGAAAUUGGCACCCAUAGCAGGCUCAAUCGAGCUCGACGACAAAACACCUUUAGAUGCAGCAUGGCGAGAAUUGAAAGAGGAAACCACUCUCGGCCCGCAACAAAUUGAACUUUGGCGACGCGGCCCGGGAUUUGAAUUCACCGAUGAGAAAGCUGUAAGUGGAAGAGAUGGAACAAGCGAGAAGAUAGGAAGAAUAUGGACAGUGCACCCCUUUGCUUUCCGGAUGAAGAAUGAGUUUGUGGACGAAAACAAUAAUGUUGAUACAUCGGUCAUGCAACUCGAUUGGGAGCAUUUUAACUGCGAGUGGAAUGAUGUCGACGAUAUACUUAGCGGCAAGAUAUUGGAUGAGUGCGUGCCCAGAUUAGAGAUUACACUCGGCCAGGUAUGGAUCGAUCCCGAGAGCGCUCUACACACAGCAGUUGAAGAGCUACAACUAGAUCAUGUCCACGGAGCUCGGGAGCUAGCUACGAUGGCUGUGAAGAGUCUGAUCAGUAUCGUGGCAAAUGAGCGGCAGGCUAGCGAAAGAAGCACUCCCGAGGACAUCGUCCGAUGGUGGGAAAGCUUCAGGCUCAAGGCAUUCCAUCUAGCCGUCAAUGCCCGGCCAAGCAUGGGAGCAGCAAUGUCAAGCGCCAUUGUCGCCGCUCUAAGGGACGCAAAAGAACACAUCAAUGAAGCAGAAGAAGACGUCUUCACUAAGGUCGAGGAAAGCCUUGAAACAACGCUUACCAAAAGAGGUGAAGUCUCAAAGCGAGUGAGUGAGCAGUUCUCUGCCUUUCUUCAACAGAAAUUCCAAGCACAACCUGGAGGCAAGGAAAACAAUAAAACCAUCAGGAUUCUCACCCUCAGCUCCUCGUCAACAAUUAAAGCAGCGAUAUUACAUGCUCUUGACGCCAAUUCUUCCCUCAUGAUCGAACUUCGCAUUCUGGAAUCACGUCCACUUUGUGAAGGUGCAAGUUUUGCGAAGGCGUUGACCGAGGAGGUCGGGAAACUUGAAACUGCACAGGCAGAGCGAACUACGAUUCAGGAUCGGCUGCAAAUUGUACUUGCUACCGACGCAUCUGUAGGUCUCCUCGGCAGGGAUGUCGAUCUCGUCAUCAUUGGCGCCGAUCGUAUAUCUGAGGCUGGAGAUGUGAGCAAUAAGACAGGAUCGCUGCCAGCCGUCUUGACAUGCAAACAAGUCACUGGCGGCUCGGUAAGAGUGGUCUGCAUCAGCGAAGCGGAGAAGAUCGCGCCUCCGGGCACAGCUGCAGAACAUCCCGAAGAAGACAAUGACCAGAACGAGGUUGCCAGCGGGUGGAACAUGCAAACCACACCAUCCUUGUGGGACAAAAUGGUUGCGGUACGCAACAUUUACUUCGAGUGGGUUCCUGCAGAAUAUGUCGAUUAUUACGUGUGUGAGGAUGGAACACUAUCUACUGAAGACAUCCAGACGCGUUCCAAGCAGAUAUCGGAGUUGACUGCGGAGGUCUUUUCGGUCUUCAGGGUCAAGGACUUCCAAUGA